AUGGAAGAGGGUUUUGCCCACAGCGCUGAGGCGAAGGAAAGGGAGAUGGGGGUUCUGUUGGCGGAGAAGAUUUCUGAGAUAGAGGACCUGCAGCUAGUAGAAAGUCGGUUGCGUGCGCAGAAGAAGAAGCUCGAGCAACAGCUCGACAAGGCUCGGCAGAAUGGUGGAAAGCUCAGAAAUCGGUUUGAGAAGGACUACAAGGAUCCGGUGAAGGGAGGAGCAGAGAAGAAGAGGAGCAAAGAGGCCUUCGCCUGCAACGGUGAAGAAGCUCGCGACUUGCCCUUCACAGCUUAG